AUGUACGAGCUGUUUCUGACGGCGUUCAUCAACGACGUCGACUUCGACAACGCAAGGUCCAUCCUGAGCUCGUACUGCUGGAGCGACCCAAGCUCUCGUAUCUACCGCGUCUUCCACUUUGCUGGCCCAGCACAGCCAAGGGCCCUGGCCAAAAGGAACAACAUCAAUGGCAUCCGUCCAGCACCAGACCCCUUCAUGUUCGGCCUGCCGGGUGCAGAGCCGCUCCAGGCACAGAUGGGCCCCUACAUCGACCAAGGCUGGAAGGAGCUCAGCGACAUCGUCAAGAAGCAGUCCUACAUCGUCACCGUCCGCUACGAGGUCUCCAAGACCAGCGACUUCGGCGGAACCGGCCCGCACAAGCAGCUCACCACCACGCCGGGCGCGCUCUUCUGGACCGAGAUCCCCGACCCGGCCAGCGUGGCGGGCGGCCAGUCGCUGGUGAUGCAGCGCAAGAAGAUCGAGAUCUGGGACCAGCUGAACCUGCCGACGGUGCUGAACGAGAACGAUUUCCGCUUCAAGGCCCAGCUGGUCGAGGAGACGCACGACAUCUACCACCGCGACGACCCCCUGCUGGAGUUCAGCCUGGUCCGCCACUACACGCCGCCGGCCUCGUUCCAGGGCCCGGCCUCUGGGCCCCUGCCGGCCUUUGAGGAGCUCGACAAGGUCGACUCCGCGGGCAAGUGGACCCUCUGGGUCAGGUACCACGUGCACGACGACAGCGCACCUGAGAAAAUCAAGGCCGCGCGCGACGCGCUGCUUAAGGCGAGGGAUGAUCUCGCGCCGUGCGGGUUCGACUUCAAGGUGCUGGAUCGGAAGGUCUUUGAUACUCAGCUUAUGUUGCAGCGUAAAACGCCUGCGACACAGACGCUGGGGCUGAAGCAGAGUCUGGCACCCGGUCACCGGUAG